AUGAAUCCUGAGAACAAAUGGCAGGAACUGGAGAAUGGGGGGCUGCUUCCCGUCAGGGACGGAGCCUCGAACAGAAGCUGCUUCUGGCGGGCUCUCUGUGCACUUGCUGUGCUCGGCUUGUUGCUGGUUUCAUCCUGUCUCUGCCUGGCUCAUUUUGGAGUUGUCCGUUCAAAGCAGGUUUCAAGGCCAAAGCUGGAAGAUCCCCAUCCAUCCCUGACAACAGCUGCUCAGGCCAAUGGUUUGCCUUGUCUCAUGAAGCAGGUGGGGAGUGGCCCACAGCCGAGAAUCGCUGCUCAUCUGACAGCUUCACCAAGUCAUGAAAAAGAGAACAUAAUUUGGCAAAAUGAGAGUGACUCCACCUUCACUGAGGGAGUGGAGUUCAGGAACAACCAUCUCGUCAUCAAGAGGCCCGGACAUUACUUUGUUUACACUCAAGUGGUGUUCCACAGCAUGGGCUGUGAGCAACAGGCCAUUUACCUCAGCCAUGAGCUUGCCAAGUUGUCACCAAGUUAUCCCGAGGAAGCCAUUCUACUGAAAGGCACCAAAUCCGCCUGCCACUCUCACCAACGCAGGGAGCCCUGGUACAAAACCUCCUACCAGGGAGCCAUCUUUGAGUUUCUGGAGGGAGAUGAGAUCUUCUCCAGGGUUAAUGAGGGGUUGACAGAAUACGUAGACACAACUGAAGGAAAGAGUUUCUUUGGAAUAUUUGCUGUGUGA